GUCAAUGUCAAAUAUCAAUUUUAUUCUUUUAUUGUUUUAUUACUUGACAAGAAACAAAUAGAGAACGCUUAAAAAAUUUGAAAAUAGAGAAAACGGGAGGAACUUAGUAAAAUCGUUUUUUAAAUGAAAAUACUGAAAUGAAAAAUGGCACAAUUUAGGCCAGCUGGAUUUUCUGAUGAGGACACAGACAGUGACGAUUAUGGGUUUUUUGAAAAGCCGAUAAGAACCUAUAUUCCUGUACAAAAUGAAAAGAAAAAAAUAGAAAACAGACUUCAAGAUGCCAUAUUGAAUGGUAAUUUGAAAGAAGUAGAGGACAUAAUUACAUAUGAUUUGCAUAAUGGAGUAAAUGUGAAAUUGGAUAGCGGUUGGACACCUUUAAUGCACGCUUCCUUCCACGCUCAAGAAGAUAUUGUAAAAUUUUUACUAAAUAAAGGCGCUGAUCCCAAUUUACAUGCGGAUUCAAUGACAUCAGCAAUGGCUGCGUGUUCAAACAGUAGUGCUGACGAUAGUACUAUUUAUAACAUCAUAUCAUUACUGAUUGAAAAAGGCUGCCUAUUAAAUAUCGGGGAUAAAUUUGGACAGACGCCGCUCAUGCGAGCUAUAAGUAAUGGACGCACCGCUGUCGUCCAGCUAUUGUUGGACAAGAAUGUUAAUGUUGAAAUGAGGGAUCAACAAGGAUGGACGGCGAUGUUUUGGGCCGUACAUCACAAUAAGCCCGAUAUAGUUGAAAUACUAAUCCAGCACGGGGCCAGAUUGAAAGAAGUAGAUAAAUCUGGUCGCACACCUCUAGAAAUAGCUAACCUACAAGACUACCAAGAUAUAACGAAUAUUAUUAAAAAACAUCUCAAUAUAAAUGAUGAUUUAGACAAGAACAAUUAUAUUUUCAAUCAUGUGGCGUCAUGGCAUGAUUUUUAUCCUGGUUUAAAGAAUGGUCAAAGGCCAAACUAUGUUAGUGAAAUACCUAAUUUAUUAUACGGAAUGAAUUCUGAACGUCUAACGCAACUGUUUAUGGACAGUGGCAUGGAUUUGAGAACAUUUUUACUAUUAGAGGAGAAGGAUAUGAUAGAUCUAGGUGUGGAAAUGCCGUACGAGCGGCAGAGGCUGCGACAGGGCUUGAGGAACUUCCACAUGCGCGGCUGGAAGCUUAAUGCAGUCGCUGGACUUUAUACGAAAAAAACUAACGAAUAUAGCGUCAUUGAUUGUCUGACAACGCUCGGGACGCACUUGUAUCAGAUGUACAUCUUAGAAGCAACUUUACAGUACACUCUGCGUGAAUACAACAGAAUUCAAAACCAAAUUAAAUACGAACCACCGGAUUCGCCUCUGUUAAAUAGAUUUAAAGCUGCUGCCAAAAAGUUCCAAUGUAAUAUAAAUAGUAUUAGAAAAGAGAUUACAAUUUUAAGAAAUUUACUUGCUAAGGUUAGUAAAUCAAAUCCCCAACCCGCUGAUCUGAUCAAAGAAAAGACUGCAAAAGACAUAGCUGUAAGUUACGUGAAGGAGAUAAUCGUCGUAUGUACAGCCGCUCUCUUCGUAUAUAAUGCCAAAAACUUUGUUGUUAAUUUGUUAAGGAAAUAAAUGUUAUUUAAUUGGGAUUUUAUGUUUUUG